CGUAAAGAACCCACGAAAUCGGCUUGGCCGUGUGCCCAAAGAUAACGAAAAAAUGUCUUCCGAAGAGUCAGAUGUAGAAAGCCUAGAACCGCAUACGGUUUUACUGAAAAAACCGCCAAGUAUCCCGAAAAUUCCAUCAAAAGUCGCCAUAGAACAACAGCACGCCAAGAAGUUAAGCACCAAAGAAAUGAUCAACCAAGCCUUGUCGGAAUCCAAAAGCCGUAAAGGCAUAUCAUUACACGCUAUCAAGAAAUACAUGCAAGUUAAUUUCGCUGUUGACGUCGAAAAAAUUAACUAUUUAAUCAAGAAAAACAUUAAAGAAAGCGUUGAAUCAGGGACGAUUAUACAAACAAAAGGAAUAGGAGCGUCUGGAUCGUUUAGAUUGGCUCCAAGUAGUAAACAACCGAAAAAACCAUUAGAAAAACCGAAAAAACCAGAAGCAGCGACCGAAAAACCCAAAAAAUCAACCUUGAAACAUCCAGAAGAUAGUAAGCCUAUGAAGAAAGUUGCAAAAAGUGCAACACUCAGUAAAACUGUGAAAGAAGACUCGAAAGGAUCGAAAACAAAACCGUCAACCAUCAAGGACAAUAAAAAACCCUCGAAAACAAAACCCUCAACCAUCAAGGAUAAUCAAAAACCCUCGAAAACAAAACCAUCAACCCUCAACGACAGUCAAAAAUCCGGGCCCUCGGGCAUGCAGACACCAAGAAAAAAGCCAACUAUGAUGAAGAGAAAAAGCAUCGGUUCUAUAAUAAGAAAGCCAAAAAUGAAGCCAGCAAACCCCUAGUAAACUAAAAUAAGUGUAAAAGUGAAUAUUAGUGUAAAAAGUAAAAACGAAAAGUGUAAAAGUGAAAGUGAAAGCUAAUUUUAAUGUAAAAAUGAUACCUAAAUGUGACAAUGUAACUUUUGUAUAAUUUAAUUUUAAUUGAUGUUUAAUUAUUGUUGAUUUUAUUGAAUUACUUUUAAAGUUGUGACAUUAAAAAUAUUUAACGAA